GCAGUGAGUGAGACAGAGGAAGUGACAGCGACAGCCUGAAGCAUGUAAACUGCUACAAACUCUGGCACAAAGAAACAGCGUCAACAACAGAGCUUUAGGGAACUUCGAGGCGACUCGCUUUACAUUUUUAAACUCAAACACCGUGAUACCGGUCAGAACUUUGAGCAAUGACUUGCGGCCCAGACGAAUACAAUCGCGGUGACCACUGCUGCAAAAAAUGCCCAAAAGGGACCCAUGUGUCAUCUGAAUGUAACAGAACUUCAGAAACGAAGUGUCAGUCGUGUUCGAGGGGCUUCUACAUGAACAUGGUUAAUUAUGUAGAUAAGUGUUUUCAGUGUAAAUCCUGUAUCUCAAGCUAUCAUCUGGAGAUGUCAGAGACCUGCACGAAUGAAAGUGACACAAAAUGCAAGUGUAUGGAGGGCUUCUACUGUACCAAAACAUCUAGCGUAUUAAAAAACGACUGCGAAAGCUGUAAAGCGGUCAGCCCCUGCCCACCAGGACACGGAGUUUCUGUUCCCCAUAACAGCACUCAUGACGCAAUGUGUACGCCCUGUCCACAAGGAACCUUCAACAACAAGACUGAUUAUUUCACAACUUGUCAAAAUCACACCAGGUGUUCGGAUCUGGGUCGGGAAUUAUUAUCAGAAGGAACGGCAGAAACAGAUGCUAAAUGUGGAGAUUUCAUGACUCGUUGUCACUGGAUGGUUCCUGCUGGUUUGUGGGCGGGGCUAGUCCUGACAAUCCUCCUUGUUUUUAUUGGGUUUCUCUGUCUGAGGUGUAAGAAAAGAAGAAGGAAAGUGGUGAUUACGUUGGAGAGUACACAGACGUUCAUCCCGCCAGCUCUUCCUCCAGACGUCAUCAAGUAUCCGAGAAGCCCAGAGUCAGAAACACACACCCACAACAGUAAGGACACACACACACACACACUCUCUCUGUCUCAGUGUGUACAGUCUACAGGACACGCCCCCUACACAGGGUACAACACAGUGGUGUCCAGCCUACUGCACUACUGUCCAGUGGAACACCAUUUAAUGUCCAGCUACAGAAAAGGAGGAACACAGUAUUCUAGUUGUACAUUAUGUCUCUAUAUUCACCAGGAGUAAAUUAUUGGCACCCUCGAGUGUGAUUGGUCUCGUACUCAGUGAUUCAAAUACACAAGAAUGGGGGGGGGGGCAUGCAGAUUUAGAUGUCCAGAGUUUUUUGAAACGCAAAAAUAGUGGGCGUUGGUCAAGCGCAGCAUUGUCAUCACGCCUCAAAACACAAAAACUGAGCAAUCAGGGAAAAUUUACAGACUUUACAAUGAUGGACUGAUAUACAGGAAACAGGAACUGUCUAGAAUUCUGGGAAUAGAAGGAUACUGACCUUCCCAGAUUCCCGCACACUCUGAGUCACACAGUCACACAGAACAUCUUCACAGUUUCACUGGAACUCAGAGUCCCUGUUCCAGCAUGACCAUGCUCCUGUGUACAAUCAGCUCUAUGAAGAACUGGAGUGUCCUGCACAGAGCCCUGACCCGGACUCAGUCCCACUCAGCACCUUCAGGAUGAACUGGAACUGGAGUCUGAUCUCACUAAUGCUCUUGUAGCCGAAAGAUCACUAAUCCCCACAGACACGAUCCAACACCAGAAAGAAAGAAAGAAAGAAAGAAAGAAAGAAAGAAAGAAAGAAAGAAAGAAAGAAAGGAAGGAAGGAAGGAAGGAAGGAAGGAAGGAAGGAAGGAAGAAAAAAGAGAGGUAGGAAGGAACAAAAGGAAAGAAAGAAUCCCACUUUUCACUGGACUCCUCUGAGUAUAAGGUCACUAAUGCUCCUGGAUCUGAAUGGUCACUAAUCCCCAUUGCUAUGAUCAGUCACCCUGUGGAGAAGCUGUAUAAAGAGAGGAGAGGAGAGACUGAUUAGAGGUGUAUAAAGAGAGGAGAGACUGAUUAGAGGUGUAUAAAGAGAGGAGAGACUGAUUAGAGGUGUAUAAAGAGAGGAGAGGAGAGACUGAUUAGAGGUGUAUAAAGAGAGGAGAGACUGAUUAGAGGUGUAUAAAGAGAGGAGAGGAGUGACUGAUUAGAGGUGUAUAAAGAGAGGAGAGACUGAUUAAAGGUGUAUAAAGAGAGGAGAGGAAAGACUGAUUAGAGGUGUAUAAAGAGAGGAGAGGAGAGACUGAUUAGAGGUGUAUAAAGAGAGGAGAGACUGAUUAGAGGUGUAUAAAGAGAGGAGAGGAGAGACUGAUUAGAGGUGUAUAAAGAGAGGAGAGACUGAUUAGAGGUGUAUAAAGAGAGGAGAGACUGAUUAGAGAUGUAUAAAGAGAGGAGAGGAGAGACUGUUUAGAGGUGUAUAAAGAGAGGAGAGACUGAUUAGAGGUGUAUAAAGAGAGGAGAGACUGAUUAGAGAUGUAUAAAGAGAGGAGAGGAGAGACGGAUUAGAGGUGUAUAAAGAGAGGAGAGACUGAUUAGAGAUGUAUAAAGAGAGGAGAGGAGAGACUGAUUAGAGGUGUAUAAAGAGAGUAGAGACUGAUUAGAGAUGUAUAAAGAGAGGAGAGGAGAGACUGAUUAGAGGUGUAUAAAGAGAGUAGAGACUGAUUAGAGGUGUAUAAAGAGAGGAGAGACUGAUUAGAGAUGUAUAAAGAGAGGAGAGGAGAGACUGAUUAGAGGUGUAUAAAGAGAGGAGAGACUGAUUAGAGGUGUAUAAAGAGAGGAGAGACUGAUUAGAGGUGUAUAAAGAGAGGAGAGGAGAGACUGAUUAGAGAUGUAUAAAGAGAGGAGAGACUGAUUAGAGAUGUAUAAAGAGAGGAGAGGAGAGACUGAUUAGAGAUGUAUAAAGAGAGGAGAGGAGAGACUGAUUAGAGAUGUAUAAAGAGAGGAGAGGAGAGACUGAUUAGAGGUGUAUAAAGAGAGGAGAGACUGAUUAGAGAUGUAUAAAGAGAGGAGAGGAGAGACUGAUUAGAGGUGUAUAAAGAGAGGAGAGACUGAUUAGAGGUGUAUAAAGAGAGGAGAGGAGAGACUGA